GUGAUUAUGAGUUGCGCACGCAGCUCUACGCUGUCUGCGCUCCCAGCGAGAGCGAUGACGUGCGAGCUGCGUUCUGCUGCGGUCAUUCAUAUACACAGGAGCCUGCAGGCAUGUCAUGCACACAGGGUCGUGUGGCUCUUCUUUUUCUCUCUCGCCAAACGGCUUAAUAUAAAUAUUAAAAAAAAAGCAUAUAACAAUAAUAAUCCAUCCUGGUUUUUAAAAAUAUCGAUUUAAAAAAAAAAAUGUUUUUGCAUUUUUUAAUUAAUGUUUAGUUGUGUUUGACGCACGGGUCUGUCAGACCCUUUGUUUGCAAAAUGAACAGGCAUGGCGGCAUCAACAAGACCGAGUCCAUUUAAAAUGUAACAAACUAAAUGACACCGGGGAAUUCAAUACAAAAUCAGCUACUAAACAGAAUCCUGUGUGCUGCCAUGGACAGUGUGAAGAUGGAAUCUGUCCAGAUUAAAGAGGAGUUCCUUGAACUUGUCCCCAUUAGAGUGGAGUUCUCUGGGCUGGCUUCCCUCCCCAUUAAACAGGAGCUCUGUGAGAUACAAUGUGACAGCAGUCAACCAGAGGUCUCUGAGAUUAAAGCUGAGCACAAUGAAUUGGAGAUCCCCCAGACAGAAGAACCCCUUCCUGUGAAACAAGAAGAGGUGCUGGAAACUGUCCGUAUUAAACAGGAGCCCCCUGAAGUAGAGUUUGACCACAUGGAACCAGUGAAGGAAGAAUCUGAGGACUUCAAACCAAACAUCCCUGAGCUGGAGCCUGUACGCCUGCGGGAGUGUAGCGUGGUGCUGGAGAGAAUCUGUGUGAGAGAGCAAGGCGCUGGAGAGGAAGGCUCUCCCAACAGCACACAAGGAGGUGGAAAGGAAGACGGGCGCUCCCAUUCAGAAUGCAGUCUAGCAGGUUCCAGUCCAGCAGCUAAAGCGAGGGCGGGCGGUGGAGAAUAUCCUGACUGUGGGAAAGAUUUCAUCCAGUUAGGGCAUUUAAAACAAAAACAGAGCAUUCACACAAGAAAGAAACUGUGUCGCUGCUCGGACUGCGGGAAGAGUUUCAGUCGAAUAGAUGGUCUUGUUUCACACCAGCGAAUUCACACAGGAGAGAAACCAUAUCGCUGCUCUGACUGUGGGAAGAGUUUCAGUCAGUCAAACAACCUCAAAAAACACCAGCGAACUCACACAGGAGAGAAACCUUAUCACUGCUCGGACUGUGGGAAGAGUUUCAGUCGAAUAGAUGGUCUUGUUUCACACCAGCGAAUUCACACAAGAGAGAAACCUUAUCGCUGCUCUGACUGCGGGAAGAGUUUUCGUCGAAUAUACAGUCUUGUUUCACACCAGCGAAUUCACACAGGAGAGAAACCAUAUCGCUGCUCUAACUGUGGGAAGAGAUUCAGUCGAAUAGACCAUCUUGUUUUACACAAGCGAAUUCACACAGGAGAGAAACCGUAUCACUGCAAGGACUGCGGGAAGAGUUUCAGUCGAAUAGAUGGUCUUGUUUCACACCAGCGAAUUCACACUGGAGAGAAACCUUAUCACUGCUCUGACUGCGAGAAGAGUUUCAGUCAGUCAGACAGCCUCAAAAAACACCAGCGAAUUCACACAGGCGAGAAACCAUAUCACUGCUCUGACUGUGGAAAGAGUUUCUGUCAGUCAAACAACCUUGUUUCACACCAGCAAACUCACACAGGAGAGAAACCGUAUCGCUGCUCUGACUGUGGGAGGAGUUUCCGUCGGUCAAACAGCCUUGUUUCACACCAGCGAACUCACACAGGAGAGAAACCUUAUCCCUGCUCGGACUGUGGGAAGAGUUUCACUCUGUUAGGCAACCUCAAAAAACACCAGCGAACUCACAUAGGAGAGAAAGUGGCGGUAUCCCCUUCACUAAUCCUGCACUUGGCUCUCAAAGCCCCUCUUGCACGGCUGGCGCUCAGCGAUGUGAAGCUAGCAACAUUAACGUUUGUUUUGGUUUUUGGCGACUCGCAUGUGAGGAGGCUGGUAGAUGGCUACAUUCAGAUGCUCGAGGGUGACCUGCUCUUUGGAUACAGCAGCACUCCAGGCGCUUGUGCAGCUGCACUCCGUAAAGAGGUGCUGAACGAAACCCUGCCUGAAGAGCCGGACCUGGUGUGUCUUAUUGCACCAGGGAACAACCUCUCGAAAAAAAACAUCCAACAAGCAGGGAAGGAGUUUGCCAGCCUUAUCCCUUCAGCCCAGGGCACUGGAAUAAGGUACCUCUCCACUGUAGAUCACUUCCCUGCAAGGAGCUCUGACCUGUGGUGCCGUGACGGGCUAAACAGAAUCCCGCGUGCUGCCAUGGACAGUGUGAAGAUGGAAUCUGUCCAGAUUAAAGAGGAGUUCCCUGAACUUGAACUUGUCCCCAUUAGAGUGGAGUUCUCUGGGCUGGCUUCCCUCCCCAUUAAACAGGAGCUCUGUGAGAUGCAAUGUGACAGCAGCCAGCCAGAGGUCUCUGACAUUAAAGCUGAGCACAAUGAAUUGGAGAUCCCCCAGAUGGAAGAAUCCCUUCCUGUGAAACAAGAAGAGGUUCUGGAAACUGUCCGUAUUAAACAGGAGCCCCCUGAAGUAGAGUUUGACCACAUGGAACCAGUGAAGGAAGAAUCCGAGGACUUCAAACCAAACAUCCCUGAGCUGGAGCCUGUACGCUUGCGGGAGUGUAGCGUGGUGCUGGAGAGAAUCUGUGUGAGAGAGCAAGGCGCUGGAGAGGAAGGCUCUCCCAACAGCAUGCAAGGAGGUGGAAAGGAAGACGGGCGCUCCCAUUCAGAAUGCAGUCUAGCAGGUUCCAGUCCAGCAGCUAAAGCAAGGGCGGGCGCUGGAGAAUAUCCUGACUGUGGGAAAGGUUUAACCCGGUUAGGGCAUUUAAAACUAAAACGGAGCAUUCACACAGGAGAGAAACCGUAUCACUGCUCUGAUUGUGGGAAGAGUUUCAGUCUGUCAGGAAACUUGAAGACACACCAGCGAAUUCACACAGGAGAGAAACCGUAUCACUGCUCUGACUGUGGGAAGAGUUUCAUUCAGUCUGGACACUUUGUUUUACAUCAGCGAAUUCACAGAGGAGAGAAACCGUAUCGAUGCUCUGACUGUGGGAUGAGUUUCAGUCGGUCAGACAGCCUUGCUUCACACCAGCGAAUUCACAAAGGAGAGAAACCAUUUUGCUGCAGUGACUGUGGGAAGAGUUUCAGGAGGACAAGCAGCCUUGCUUCACACCAGCGAAUUCACACAGGAAUCAAACCUUAUCGCUGCUCUGACUGUGGGAAGAGUUUCAGUGUUUCAGGAACCCUGAAAAAACACCAGCUAAGUCACACAGGAGAGAAACCAUAUCACUGUUCUGACUGUGGGAAGAGUUUCAGUCAGUCAAACAGCCUUGUUGUCCACCAGCGAAUUCACACAGGAGAGAAACUAUAUUGCUGCUCCGACUGUGGGAAAAGUUUCACUCGGUCAGACAGCCUUGUUUCACACCAACGAAUUCACACAGGAGAGAAACCGUAUCAGUGUUCUGACUGUGGAAAGAGUUUCAGUAAGACAGGCAGCCUUGUUUCACACCAGCGAAUUCACACAGGAGUGAAACCUUAUCGCUGCUCUGACUGUGGGAAGAGUUUCAGUCUGUCAGGAACCCUGAAAAAACACCAGCGAAUUCACACAGGAGAGAAACCCUAUCACUGCUCUGACUGUGGGAAGAGUUUCAGUCGGUCAAACAGCCUUGUUGUCCACCGGCGAACUCACACAGGAGAGAAACCGUAUUGCUGUUCCGACUGUGGGAAGAGUUUCAAGCAUUCAGUAUCCAUGAAAGCACACCAGCGAAUCCACAGAGGAGAGAAACCUUAAAGACCAUGUUCAAUGGGACUUUACACUCAUGAGGGAAAAAAUGUUAACCUUGCAAUUACUGUUUUGUGUCAGAAAGUGGGCGGAGAUGCGGACGCGUCACAAGAGGCUUCUCUGCUGUCAGUUUAACUCAGGCUGUCAAUGCAGUCAGUGCCUGGGAGCGGGAAUAUGCAGAAAGGAAACUAUUCCGCACCUCAUCUGAUGGACGAGUCAGGAGAAAUUGAUAACUCAGUGUGGGGAAUGAGUUUCAGGGUUUAGCAUUUAAACUGCAUAGACUUGAAAAUAAAUACAUGGAUGGGAACGAGUAUCCCGACCCCGGUAUGUAGCAUCCCAGAGACAAGACUGCACCGUCCUUACUGGACAACCGCCUGGAGGGUUUGUCUUGUACAUUCAUCAUGAUUCUAAAACUAAUGAAAAAUGAUAGUGUCCCAUGGCUGUAUUAUAACAUGAAUUGCUGAAUAUUGCGUGAUGUGUAGCUUUGCAAUGUGCAUUGUCCAUGCUUGUAUUUGUGCUGCUCUUGUGAACUUCCCUGAGUAAUAGCAGUGUAGCAAGCAUGUGUACGGAUCUUAGGUACAGAAAGCCAAAUUGUGUAACCUGAGUUGUAAUGAGACCUGACUGUUCAAUUAAACCUUGUGUGUGCUGAUUGGAUGAUUUGAUUGAUAUACAACAGGAUACUAAACCAUGCUAAAGAAAGAACAGAAUACUGCACUGCUCUGUAUCACCAGGAUGUGUAAGCAAUGUGCAUUUCAAUACCUUCCUGCAUUGCUUGCUGUUCUCCAAGUUUAAUAAAGUAUUAGUAUUAAA